AUGUCUGAUCUCUUUGUCGAACUUACAGCACCCAAUGGUCGCAAAUACCGUCAACCCAGAGGUCUUUUCAUCAACAAUGAAUUUGUCAAAUCCAAGUCUGGAGAGACUAUCAGUACGAUAAACCCUAGUGAUGAGAAAGAGAUUGCUUCCGUCUACGCAGCUGGCCCAGAAGAUGUUAACGACGCUGUGGCAGCAGCUCGAAAAGCAUUCAACGACCCAUCAUGGCGAGACAUGGACACCAGUGAUCGAGGUGACCUGCUUUACAAGCUUGCACAGUUGAUUGACCAACACAAGGAGACACUUGCUACCAUUGAGACUUGGGACAAUGGAAAGCCGUAUUCUGUUGCCCUGAACGACGACUUGACGGGCGUUAUUGCUGUUAUCAAAUACUACGCUGGAUUUGCGAACAAAAUUCACGGAACAGUUAUCGAUACCUCACCACGUAAGCUCGCAUAUAUUGUUCGAGAGCCACUUGGUGUCUGUGGGCAAAUCAUUCCAUGGAACUUCCCCCUAUUAAUGGCAGCUUGGAAACUAGGACCCGCGCUUUGCACCGGUAACACAAUCGUCAUGAAGGCUGCCGAACAGACACCCCUCUCUAUAUUGUACCUUGCCACACUCAUCAAGGAAGCUGGCUUCCCUCCUGGUGUGGUCAACCUUCUCAACGGAGAUGGUAGGAAAGCUGGUGCCACGCUGGCCCAACACCCUGACGUCGACAAGAUUGCGUUUACUGGGUCUACAGCCACUGGAAAGGAGAUUAUGAAGAUGGCUUCUGUCAACAUGAAGAACAUCACGCUUGAGACAGGUGGCAAAUCGCCGCUAGUAAUAUUUGAAGAUGCAGACCUGGCACAGGCUGUGAAAUGGGCGCACACGGGCAUCAUGUACAAUCAGGGUCAAGUCUGCUGUGCAACAUCGAGAAUCCUGGUGCAAGAGGGCAUCUAUGACAAAUUUGUCGAAGCCUUCAAGGAGUGCGUUAAGAAUACCUCGGUGGUUGGAGACCCCUUCAAGGAUGGUACAUUCCAAGGUCCCCAGGUUACCAAAGCACAGUACGACCGCGUCCUGUCUUACAUUGAGUCCGGCAAAUCCGAGGGCGCAACUCUUAUAUCUGGUGGCGAGCCACACAAGAACGCAGGCGGCAAGGGCUUCUACAUCUCGCCUACCAUCUUCACAAACGUAAAGGAUUCGAUGAAGAUUUUCCGCGAGGAGGUGUUUGGCCCAUUUGUUGCCAUCAGCUCAUUCAAAGAGGAGGAGGAGGCAAUCAGGCGCGCCAACGACACCACCUACGGUCUUGGAGCAGCUGUGUUCACUGAGAACAUCACCAAAGCCCACCGUGUUGCCAGGCGUAUUGAAGCAGGCAUGGUAUGGAUCAACUCAAGCAAUGACACAGAUAUUCGAGUUCCUUUCGGAGGUGUGAAGCAGAGUGGUAUUGGAAGGGAGCUGGGCGAGGCUGGGCUGGAGGCAUACACCAACAAGAAGGCUGUCCACGUCAACCUUGGAACCAAGCUAUAA